AUGGAAGCUGUAGUGUGGGAAUUCAACUCAGGUAAGAAGCUGAGUGAAGAGCAUGUUCCUAUGAGUUUGAAAUUGAGAUGUUGCAAAGGAGCCAUGUCUGGUCUUAUUGAUAUCUUUUUUGUCACUCAUGAGGUCUUUCAUAGUAUCUUAAUCAUCAGUUUCAUCAAAGAAAACAAUGCUGGAAACGCGGCUGCUGCACUUAUGGCUGGUCUUGCCCCUAAAACUAAGGUUCUAAGAGAUGGUCAUUGGAGUGAACAAGAACUAGAAGCUUCCAUCUUGGUCCCAGGAGAUAUUAUCACUAUCAAAUUUGAUGAAAUUGUUCCCGUUUAUGCUCGUCUUCUAGAGGGUGGUCUUUUAAAGGUUGACCAAUCUGCCCUCACUGGUGAAUCACUUCCUAUGAACACGAAUCCGUAUAAUGAGGUGUUCUCUGGAUCAACAUGCAAGCAAGAUGAAAUCAAAGCUGUUGUUAUUGCCACUGGUGUGCACACUUUCUUUGGUAAGGCUGCACAUCGUGUGGAUAGCACUAACCAAGUUGGUCAUUUUCAACAAGUUGAUUACCCUCGACGAUAAACUUUAACAUGUUAAA